AUGCCAAAUCUGCAGCCUUUCAAGACGAUCGUCGCCUCGAAAAACCUUCCUACGUUACUUCUCGAUUCGCGCGCAUCCUGUGUUUCUCCUCCGUAUAUGGUAUCACCACCGGCACCAGCAUCAGCAAUAGCAUCAUCUUGCAGCUCUUACUGCUUGUUUAUUUCUUUCCCCUCCAUUCUCGAGGAUCUCCGCAUUCUUGCGCAUACUCUUUCUGUUCGUCACUUUGCGCGCUUGACGGCGUCGCAACCGGAUACACCCGACGCACACCACUUUCCAUCCCGGCUAUACUGCUGGACGAGCUAG